CGUGGAUCACGCUGCCGACUCUGGUAGUAUCCUUCGUAGAUCUUAUCAGGGUAACUCUAAAUAGCACAGUAUGCACCUACGAUACAGGACGACAUUCACUCUCGCCAAUGAGCAUUCCGAUGUGAUCAGUGCGAUAGUAUUUAGUCCGGAUGGCCUAUUUCUUGCCAGCAGCAGCUAUGACGGGAGGAUCAUAGUGUGGUCCCUGCUAACUGGGGAAGCCUGUCACCGCAUCAUUGCGAAAUCUGGCAUAUCAUGCCUUGCAUGGCCGUCAUGCGCGAACUCGAUUGUGGCCGGUGCAGUGGAUGGGAGUUUGAUGAUGUUGACAGUGGACGAAACUUUAAUUACUGCUUCUGGAUGUCUGGCUCAUCAUGAUGGGUGCAUUCAGUCACUCUCUUUAAGCUGCAACAAAACAGACUCUGCAGACAGCAAUGCAACUGCAUGCACAGAUCACAUGCUUGCAUCUGCAGCAAGCAAUGCAGUCAUAAUAUGGGACUGGGAUCAGCAUUCUAAAUUCUGGCAACACUUCUGUACCCUUGAUCAGCCUCCAUUCAAUCCAUUUGGUGGAACCACCUUUCCUGCAGAAGUCACAAAUGUUGAAUGGCUUUCGCCUCCACAAGACAAUUGCCUUGCUGUCUCAUAUCUACAUCAUGGUAUAAUAUGUUGGCAAUUGGAUCAAGAUACAUUUUCACAAAUAUGGGCCAUUCAGAUGCCACUCUGUGGAUCAUUUAAUAUUAGUGCAGACAAUGAUCUGCUGGCAGUCUCCAACAUUUUGACAGGAUUUGACAUCUAUGAAAUACGGUCUGGACUUCAUAAGCUUGCUUUGCAAGUGAAUGGUGAACAUCCAGAUCAGAUUUUACCAAUCAAAUUUCACUAUGGCAAACUGCUGCUCGCUAGUAGCAUGGUAGGAAAACUGUAUUUGCAUAACUCUCAGAAUGCAAAGUGUCUUCAAAGAUUGAGACUCAAAGAUAAAGUUGCAGUUCAGGCUAUUUCAACAUUUCACUCAGAAGAAAGUGAUGUGUACAUGAUUGCAGGAGGUACAAGUAUCUCAAAUUCAGCAAAUUAUAUUCAGGUCUGGAAGGCAGUUCAGCAGGAAUAAAAAACAGAGAUUAAU